GGGCUGAAGCUCAGUGGAGGUCUUAUUAUGAAACUCACGAGUUUCUCAUGAGCAGCUUGGCCCCGAGUCUUUCUCCUCGCUGUUCCACGGCUGGUUUAAAGCAGGGAGGAGGCGCUUCGAGACGCUGGGGUUUCUAUCAGAUCUGAGGGAAAAGCAGCGAAAGCAGUUCACAGGAGCUCUGCCUGAAGUUCGCCGGACCGCUGGACAAACAAACGACUUCAGCGCUAUGGGGGAUGUGAUCUCAAGCCACCUCGAUGAGGGCAAACGGGAGAUUAUUACCGUGCGGACGGGUGAGGUGAUGGGGGAGUUCGGACGGCUGUACGAGCAGCAGUAUGUCGUGGCUCUCUUUAAUAAGGUUCGUUAUGAUGUGGAAGGAGGAGGUGGGCCUCAACCUCAGCUACUGCACCGCAAGGUGCCACUUGAGAACAAGUCUAUUUUCUCAGGCUCAAUCUACCAGUACUUGGAGGAAAACAAAAAAUGGCGGAAUCGUUUUCUGUUCGUUCCAGACACCUACAACAUCAGCUACUAUGAAGGCAAACAGGCUCAUGAUCGAGGUCUCCAACCCAAAGGAACAAUCAACUGUGCUGGUUAUAGAGUGCUGACCUCCAUGGAGAAAUACCUGGAACUUCUUGAAUCAAGCCUCCCAGGUGUGAAAGCUAAAGUGGGCAGCUCCCCCUUCCUGAAAUGUGCAACACAGUUCCCACUCAUUAUGUGGCAUCCAUAUGCGCGCCAUCACUACUUCUGCGUGUCCUCAGAGAAAGAGCAGCAGAAGUGGAGUGCUGUCUUUCAGGACUGUGUCAGACAUGCCAACAACGGUUUGUCAGAGGACUGCAAGGUACAGACUCCAGCCUUUACUGAUGCAGUGCGGCUCUACCGGCAGGCUCGUGGUCAGUAUGGCACCUGGGACAUGAUGUGUGGGGUUCCUCAUCAGAUCUUGGCUAAUCUGGUGAUGGAGACUCUGCUUACAGAGCUGAGGGAUGUGAUCAGCCCUCGUCUGAAGGGCAAGCUGCAGGAGAGACAGAAAAGCUGGAUACUGAUUUCAGAUGCAGUGUACAGUUUGGUUCAAAGCCAAGCCCAGUCACAGUAUGAGGCCAUUGUUCAGAGCUGCGAGGCUGGGCGUCCGCCUCUGGAAGCCUCUAUACGCACAGAUAUGGACCAGGUUAUUACCUCCAAGGAGCAUGUCACCAACAAAAUCAGAGCUCUGGUGCUCCCCAAAGCAGAGAAGCUCCUGAAGGUCAGUAUUCAGCCUUACAUCAGCUCCAUCCUGGAGGCUUUGAUGGAGCCCACAAGCCGAGGCUUCUUUGAGGUGCGUGACGUCUUCUUCAGGGAGUUGGUGGACAUGAGCAAGAACCUCCUGAAUGGUGGCAGCAAGGAGAAACUAGGAGAGCACAUGGAGAAGAUCUCUAUGCUGGCCUUCCACCCGGUGAAGAUGCAGGGAUGUUAUGAGAAGGUUGAGCAGCUGAGUUUGGAGGGUCUGCAGCAACGGUUUGAUGUCACCAGCCCCUCCGUUUUUGUCCAGAGAGCUCAGAUCCUCAUGAGGGAGCAAAUGGAUGAUGCCGUGUACACAUUCGAGCAGCUUCUCCACCAGAGCCUGGAGGGCCAGGAGGAGGAGGACCUCUGCAAAACCAUUCAAAAAUGUCAGGACCGGGUUAUCAAGAAAUUUGACUAUGACAGUAGUACUGUGCGUAAGAAGUUCUUCAGAGAGGCCCUUCUCCAGAUCUUUAUCCCAUAUAUGCUGAAACAGCUCUCGCCAUCCUGCUCUGCAGAUCUUCCUCGUUUCCGAGAGCUGAUCUUUGAAGACUUCUCUCGUUUCAUCCUGGUUGAGAACAUCUUUGAGGAGGUGGUGCUUCAGACUGUCAUGAAGGACAUAAUGAUGGCUGUGAAGGAGGCUGCUGUUCAGAGACGACACAACCUGUACAGGGACAGUAUUGUGCUGACCAACAGUGACCCAAACCUGCACCUGCUGGAGGAGAAUCCCCCCAUCGACUGGGCCGGAGAGUACGGUGGAGGGCAGACAGAGGUGGAUGGUGAGCAGGUGGGUGAAGGAGAUGCGAUCACCCAAAAGAGGCGCAGGAUGAAGCAGGUGGUCUCCAUGAUCCAGGAGGAUGGAACAGCCACAGCACUGCCAGAGUCCUGCCUAGAGGUUCCUGGGGUGGAGGACAUCCCUGAAGAACAGGGUGAGGUGGAUUCGGACACCAAAUCCUCCUCCGCAUCUGUAAAGGAAGUGCCCAAUGAAGAAAGCUCCAUAGGAGGAGUCAGUGUGCCAACAUCUACAGAAAUGCCUCCUGCUAUACCCAAUGGAACUACAAUAAAGGAAGAAAAAACUACAAAUCCCAGCGAACAAGAGGCAGAGCCAGUGUCUCCUCAGGAUUCAGAGAGCAAGAUAGCAAGCGCCAUCCAGGAGAUAGAGAAUGCAGUGCAGGAAGAAGAGCGUGAACAGAAUGGAGAGACAAAUGAACCAGAUUCAGAACAAACCUCCAUUCCAGCGGAGCCAGCAACAACUCUGGUCACGAAGGAGGUGGAGCCUGUGUCUGAAAGCCAGAGGGAGGUUCAACCAGAGUCAGCACCAAACCAUGAGGCUUGCAAGAUUGAUGCUCCUCUGUACUCAAGGAUGCAGUCACCUUCAGAAGCAGAAGAAUCUAUCACACAACCAACGCAAGAGGAGCAAAGCCAGCAACCAGUUGACAUGGAACCCGCAUCAGAACCCACUUCAGAACUCCAGCAGAAAACCGACUCCAGUUCGCUUCACCACGAUGACAGCGGCUUCCAGUCGCCUGCCAAUGAGGUGGCUGAGGAGGAGGAACCUCAAGUUCAGGCUGCUGCGGCAACAACGGAAGCUGAGGUGGGAAGAGAGAACCACAAUGACUCUGAAACUGGAGAAGAGGAUGCUCAGAAAGGAGCUGGCACAGCAGCUACGCAAACAUAGAUCGCUAAAAAAAAACAUAAUUCAUAAGUGCAUUUUUUUUUUUUAUAGUACACUUAAGCCCACUGCUCGACAACACUGAUGGUUUGACAGAGGAGGGUUUUUAUGGUGUUUUUGUUAUUUUGUUUGCUUGUUUACAUACAAAUUAUCUCAUGCUUUGUGAGUCGUAACAGGUCUUACCUUGUCACAUUUCAUUUUUUGCACGUUACAUUGGAUGGGCUCGGUCAUGUGUUUUGUGAGUAAAGCAUAUUGUAAUUUACUUCAUAUUUCAGUUGCUGAUUUUUAUAGCUGUGCUUCAUUUCACUUUGUAUUGAUAUUCUACUGCAGAAUGGUUGCGAUUUACAGAAGGGGGUUAGAUUUGACAAUAAGACUGCUUAACACUAUAUAGCUGACUCCAUGCUGGCCUUAUCUGGUGUGGUGUGCAUUUUUAUUCACAUUCUUUAUUAUAAGCCUGUUAUCUUUGCCUUGCUUGACUACAAACUGAAAACACUGAAUUUUAUUUUUUCAUUUCAUUUUUAUAUCGUUUUAUUUUUACCAUGUAUAGCCAAAUAUUGCAAUUUUUUUGUAUAUUACCCUGAUAUUUUGAAAGACGUCCAAGUGUAGUGAUGACGUAUUACUUUUAUUUGAUAUUAAGAUGGGCUGUUUCCAUGUACCCAAAUGCUGUGGGAUUAGGGCUGUCUGUAGUCUAUUUAAACACUGCCAACAAAUGAAUCACCUUUUAUGUUGGUAACAGUUUACUUGAACCCUGCUGUGUCAUAAGUUGUCAUUAUGGAUGUGUCUAAUUUAACCAUAUCAUGUUACCAUUGGUGGUAAUAGUCAUGAAAUUUCAUAAUGUUUAUCACAACUGACACAGCAUGAGCAUGUGAUUUAAGAAAUAUGCCAUCGAGCAUUAUGGCAUCUAUUACGACAAUUACUGAUAACAGUAAUGAAACGCUGUUAUAGUACUGAACAAAAUCUGUCCAGAAAACACCUGACACGACAUGUUUAUGUAGCAGGGUUCAAGUAAAGUUUUACCUUUCAAGUCUUUCUUGGUUGAAGCCACUUUCUUUUGAAGAAUGAAUAAUUGCAGACAUUUUCGCUGGCUACGCUAUCCAUAUGAUCAUUUUAUGCAUGAGAUGUUUAUUUUAAUUAUGUGAUGCUAUGAUUACAGUGGAAAAAUAUUAGGUGACUCGCCUGCUCUUUGCAGUCAGAACCAUGUAAUUACUGAAGAUGAUGCAGUGGUUGGAGGGUAGAUAGACUGUAGACGUAAGUGAGGGCUUGGGUUUGGCAGGAGAGGUUCUUUGAGGUGUGCAGACAAUAAUAGUGGACAAACGUGCAAGUGUUUUCAGGGGGUUUUGCUGUAUUUCAAAUUGAAAUGACAAUCCGUCAAAAUUAUUGAUGUGCAGAUACAUAUUCUCAGUAAUAUUUGACCCAGUCACUGCGCUAGAAUGCUUUCCACCACAUUUUUAGCAUAAUUUUUAUUCUAUGUGAAAUGAUGUCUAUCUGUGUAUGCGGUUUAAUUUUUUUUUUAUUUAUUAUCUAAUGCACUUCAUUGCCUUUCAAGGUUUUGUGUUGCAUUUAAAAUUAUCGGUAAUAAAUCUGUUAGAUAUAACACUUGAAUGUUCCAGUCAUUUUUAUUGCCAUAGCUGGUUAUGAGUGUAUAUAAAGCCUUCAGUGACAUUCAUCAUUAA